UGGCAAGAAGCGCAAGACAAAGAAGAGUUGUCAUAUAUGGACUUUCUGAUCGUCUUGCCGUGUUUGCUUUACUUUUGAGACCAUCUCGAAGCUCUUUUCGUUUUCAAUACAUAAUUUUUCUGAUCAUGGAUAUCCAAAACCUCUUCAAUGUCAAAGGCAAAGUCGUCCUGGUGACCGGCGGGGCAAAAGGCAUUGGUCGGAUGAUUUCCGAAGGAUACAUAAUCAAUGGAGCUACAGUUUACAUCUCGUCUCGCGACGCCAAGGCAUGCGAACAGGCCGUCAACGAUCUGAACGCCUUGGGCAAGGGUACUGCGCAUGCCAUUCCCGCCGAUUUCUACAAGGAGGAAGACAUCAAAAGACUCGCCGAGGAGCUUGGAAAGCGCGAGAGCAAACUCCACGUCCUCGUGAACAACUCCGGAUCGAACUGGGGUGCUCCCUACGACGAAUACCCAUCUGCGGCAUGGACACGCGUCCUGACACUGAACCUCCACCGAGUCUUUGACCUCACGAAACUCCUGACCCCCUUGCUCGAAAAGGGUGCUAGCGAAGGUGAUCCAUCCCGGAUUAUCAAUAUUGGAUCGGUGGAUGGACUGCGGGUGCCUGUUUUGGAAACCUUUGCAUACUCUGCAUCUAAAGCUGGGCUGCAUCAUCUUAGUCGGGUGCUGGCGAGUCAUCUGGGGAAGAGGAACAUCACGUCGAACACGCUCGCGUGCGGUCCGUUCCGGAGUAAGAUGAUGGCAGCGACAUUGCGCGAUAUGGAGGAGGUUAUCAAAUCAGGCAUCCCCCUCAACCGGAUUGGCACACCGGAAGACGUGGCUGGCGCGUGUCUCUUCCUGAGCAGCCGGGCUGGGUCGUAUGUGACGGGGGCUACGAUCACGGUUGACGGUGGCUCGGUCGUGGGCACCAAACUAUAACUUCGUGUAUACUAUACAUAUGUGCGUUAGCAGCCACUGUCCAGUCGAAGCCCAUCACUAUUUUUAAUGUUCUAUUAUAUGAUCAAUAUUUAAUCAAUCAUUGAUCAGUGUUGAGCACUCACCAAACACUGUGAGAAUGCUCCCUGAGCGCUAUGUCUGGUCUUAUUCUUACCAUGCAUCUCACUUUUAUGCGAUCGCUUCUUUCAAUUCCCCUCGUAAACCCAGUUUCCUCAGGUUUCGGAUUUAAUUGGCGCCUGGCCGUACAUUAAAGUAUUUUGUUGUCAGGCAGUUUUGCACCUCUUCCCAGACUUAGAUCUUAGCCUUGACUUUAUGUCUUGAUACAAUUCAAUUCUGGCUCGAUUUUAAGAGUCUCUCCGUU